AUGGCCUUCAGCGGCUUCGGCAACUCGAACCCGGCUGGAGGGAGCGCGCAGGUGGAGCUUGGCCCGGAGCUCUCAGAUGUCUUUACUGAUGAGAUUGGCUUCAAAGGUAUCGCCGGCGACUGCAAUAUCCGCAUCCUCCCCACCCCUUGGCCUGCCGAUGCCCUUCCCUCCUCGACCUGUUCUCUCUUGGCCGUUGCGCAAAGCAAAGGCCUUGCAGUUGCCGCCGGACCCGAUGCGCUAGUUGUCGCAACCACCGAAUCGAUUCGAAAAUCAAUCGAGGCAUCGAACGAGGGAGAGAAAGUGAAGACGAAGUCGUUGAAACCUCUUGCGACCAUUCCGCUACCUUCUCGCCCGACACACAUCGCUUUCAACGCGAGUGACGACGCGUUAAUCCUAGCCACCGAGAAUGGCUCUCAGAUUUCGGUCUUCCAAACAACAAGCCUUACACAGGAUAACGCGCAACCUGCUUUAUCCGUCUCAACCAAUGGCGCUUCAAUUCGCGCUCUGGUCCCAAAUCCCGAUCCCACCUCCAACCUCGUCGCCCUAGUCACAGUCAAUGGUGAACUGUUAGUUGCUGAUCUGAAGGCGGGCAACUUGGUCUCGGGAGCCAACGGCCCCAUUCUCAGGAAUGGUGUCAGCUGCGUUGCUUGGAGCAACAAGGGUAAGCAGCUUGUGGCUGGGUUGGCAGAUGGAACUGGGGACCAAAUGACAGCUGAUGGAACCAAGAAGGCUGAAAUCCCUCGGCCUGCAGAUCUGGAGGGUGAAUGCCAUGUUUCAUCUAUCUCAUGGCUAGAGAACGAUGUUUUCUUCGUUAUCUACACUCCCAAUUCCCUUGAUGAUAUGGGCGAAAAUCCUCCCUCGUCUCCAUACAUCAUCACGAGACGCAAGGGUGCACCUUUCUUGAUCCAGAGAUUGCCUGAAGUGUGUUCGACCCUCGGAUUUCGCGUGAAACGAGGCCCUGCCUACCAGUUCAUAACCCGGCUCCGCGAUUAUCAACCUCACCUGAAGGAUGUCCUCAUUGUCUCGUCUACCGCAUCUGCCGAUGUAGGUCUUGUCACACGAUCCGAUCAACCGCUUGCCGACGACGAUAUCUCAAAAGGCCUUGUCGGCCAGUACGCGACUACGGAGAUCAAUAAUGAUAGUCAAAAAGCUGCUGUCCCACUGAGAGAUUCAGUCGACGAGACGUCCGUUAUUGGCCUGGCCGCCGAUCUUUCGAGUACUGAGAAUGUCUAUUCACCAAUUCAAGGCCAAGAGGAGGAAAUUCCAGAGAGCUCAUCUCCUCUGCCGGGUUUGCUUCUCCUGAAUAACGAUGGUGUUCUUUGCUUUUGGUGGUUCAUCUACAACCAGGCCAUCAAGCAGCAGAUCUCAUACUCGGGGCUUGUAUCAGGUGGUCAAGCCCAACAAUUUUCUGCUUCAACAUCGACCCCUGCUCCUCAGCAAUCUGCUUUUACCCAGGCGUCCCCGGCACCACAGCAGCCUGCUUUCGGCCAAUCUUCCCUUGGUCAAUCUUCUUCCUUUGGUGUCUCUGCCUUCGGCAAGCCGGCUGGAGGUGCUUCUUUCGGCAGCCCGUCUACCAUGGGGGCAACAGCCUUUGGCAAGCAAUCGGGCCCGGCCUUCGGAAGUUCAUCUCCAAUGGGAGGUUCCACUCCAGCUCCUGCUUUUGGACAACCAUCCGCCCCAGCUCCGUCCUUUGGAACGCCUUCUAAACCCGGAGCGACAUUUGGUGCUGCUGGCACUGCUGGCACCCAAGCCCAGCCGGCAUUUGGCCAGUCGGGCUUCGGAGCAUCGGCCCCUAGCUUCGGACAGCCUAACACUCCGGCAAAGAGUCUUCUUGGAACUGGCGAUGGGUCUUCUGGCGGUGGCUUCAGCUCGUUCUCUGGAGGCGGCGGAGGCGGAUUCUCAAGCUUCGCUACCUCCAAGCCAGGGGAGUCUUCCUUCUCCAAGCCUACUGGUGAAAGUUCAUUUGGUAAACCCUCUGAGUCCUCUCCAUUCGGCAAACCUCUCAACGAUUCCACUUUCCCGAAGCCAUCUGGCGAAAGUUCAUUUGGUAAACCUUCUGGGCCUUCUCCCUUCAGCAAACCCGGCAACGAUUCAGCCUUCUCGAAGCCUUCUGGUGAAUCUGGGUUUGGUAAACCUUCCAACGCCUCUGCCUUCCCGAAGCCAUCUGGCGAAAGUUCAUUUGGUAAACCUUCUGGGCCUUCUCCCUUCAGCAAACCCGGCAACGAUUCAGCCUUCUCGAAGCCUUCUGGUGAAUCUGGGUUUGGUAAAUCUUCCAACGCCUCUGCCUUCGGUAAACCUGCCGUCAGCUCCCCCUUCUCUUCGGUUGCUACCAAUGAAGCCAAGAGCCCGCUUGGAGAGCCCAAUGGUGACUCGACAUUCCCAUCAGCAGGGACCAGCCAACUUAAGAACCCGUUUGGCAAGCCUUCGAACGAUUCCCCAUUCCCCACUCCAGGUGCCAGCGAAACGAAGAACCCAUUUGGCCAGCAAAAAACAGGUGGUUUCGUCCUUGGGUCUUCCUUCAAGCCAGAUGGCACUGCCGUCAAUGAUGGUCCGAAGUCCAGCAAGCCUUCUACUGGGGCCCUCUCGUUUGGUGCCUCGUUUGGCGAUAUGGUUUCGUCUCCAGGCAAGGGCAGUCCGUCAAGCGAAUCCAUGGAUAGCGAUGAGAGUGAACCUGAAGAGCCUGCCAACAAAGAACCAUUCUCUAUCUUCGGCAAGCCUUCAAAUCAGACUCCAUCCAUGUUUAGCCCUCUAAGCUCAGAGAAUACAAAGUCGACCAAGGUGGAAACAAGCAAGUCGAAGUUUUCAUUCUCUAACAACAAUUCCACCACGGCCAUCUCUGGUUCAACACAGAACCAAGUCACUAGUCCUCUGUCGGCGCCCUCUGACAAGACAGCGACACCGAGACGGGAGCAGUCUGUCUCCACGCCUACCUUCGAUGCAUCCUUCGACGCACCGCUACCCCCCAGAUUCCAUGAGUAG